AUGAUUUUUAAUUAUAAAUAUCGUGAAGUUGAUUGAUACAAUUGAGGAAAGAACUUUCUGCUGUGAAGAUUUUGUGCAAUGAGACUUAUCAAGUUCGAGAUGUAGGAAAAAAGUGGCUUACACGUUUUGUCCAAAUAUAUUUUAUCAACGAGGGAGAUAAUAGUUUUAAAAAAAGGGACUAAUAUCAUCCUGGACAAGGUGAUUUCUUUGAAAAACACGACGGUGGAGUUGCUAUUGAGGGAUACCAAUAGUGAAACUGAACAAAUCGAAGAGGACACCAACGACGACGUGAUUCCCACGAACAUCGACAAGUUGCAGGUGAACGAAUUCAUCAUUGGCGAAUACGAUACUUUCGACAAGAGGAAUUCUGUGGAAAAAUUAAAAUCAGAGUACGAUAUUGCGUCGCAAGAUUUGAACAAUAAAAAUUGGUGUGUUUGGUACGAGAACAAUAGAAGGGACAUAAAUAUAAAUUACAUUGGUAAUUGUGUAAGUGAUAGUGACAGUGGGUGGUGCAAUUAGAAAGAAAAUCACAAUAGCGACAUUAGUAGGAGCGAUAACGAAUCAACGGUGGCGGGUGACCUGGCUUGCCUCGCGGGAUAUAUGGCGGGGUAUUUGAAGGCAGCGGGUGCCACUUGUACCCCAACCGGAAGUCAUCAAUACCACCCCCACAGUAGUGCAGCAAUGGCAUUUGGAACUCAUCCUCAUCCCCAUUCUCAUCCGCACCCUGGUGCUGCACAUUCAGGGAUAUCGACGCAUUUUGCUCUUGCUGGUCAUGGGCACCCCCAUCCUCAUCCGUUGGAACACAGCCUUGCAUUUCCACAAGGUAUGAACCAACGCAAGCAACGACGCGAAAGAACGACCUUUACACGUGCCCAAUUGGACGUACUGGAAGGUCUCUUCUCGAAGACCAGAUAUCCAGAUAUAUUUAUGAGGGAGGAAGUUGCAGUUAAGAUCAACUUACCCGAAUCCAGAGUACAGGUAUGGUUCAAAAAUCGUCGAGCGAAAUGUAGACAACAAUUGCAGCAACAACAACAACAACAGCAACAACAGCAACAACAACAACAGCAACAAAAUUCACCUAAAGGUUCCUCGCCGAGAGCUAAUCAAGCCCAAAGCAAUGUACAUCAAAAUGGUAAAAUGGUGGCGGCGACAAAUUCGUCCAGGCAAUCCAGUCGACGUUCCUCACCAGUUUCCCCGCCACGUGGGCGAGAAGCUCCAAAUUCGAAUUCACCUUUAUUACCAACGAGUUCUUCUUAUCCUCGACUUGGUCUGACUCCGACCGGUGGCAGUGGUGCUAACAGUGCUCUUACGACACCUUCUCCUCCGUUGACACCUGGAUCGAGUCAACUGCCACCAUCGGCCUAUCCUCUACCGAUAAACCAAAUACACCAUACUGAUUAUAGUUUUGCUGCGUGGAGUACUGCUACGCCAGCAUCCGUCAAUCCGAAUCCGGUUUAUCCAGCGCAGACUUACAAUGCCUACUCGAAUGCGUACGCUACCAGCGAUUAUUAUCCAACUCAAAUAUCGCACAUGCAUCCCAGUCCACAGGGUAACUAUCAUCAUGCACAGUAUCACCAUAAUGUGGCUGUUAGCUCACCGUUAUCACAUCUAACCACUCAGCAGCAUCCUCAGCAUCAUCCUCAACAUCAGCAGCAUCCCCAACACCAUCACCAACAGCAUACACAACAUCCUCAGCAACAUACUCAACAACUUACCCAGCAGCAUACGCCGCAGCAUUCCCAGCAACAUACGCAGCAUACCCAACAACAUCAACAACCACCUACCCAGGGCACCAAUAAUGAAAUGACCAAUGCUAACGGUGACGCUGAAAACGAAGCUUACGUUUUACCGGAUCCUAAGUAUUCACCGAUAGUAUAGCGCUCCACUAGGUCCUCAGGGAUCUUUCAUCGUGGACAAGAAAUUAUCGGGAGUGUUCCUAAUUCAUUAACGGCAUCAACUUUGUCUUCACCAUAUCAUUGGCGUAUCAAUAAUGUACCUAUUUGUCAUGAAAUUAAUGGUAGUUUAGAUUCCUCUGAUGAUAAUUAAUUAUAUUAUUUUGUUCGGUGAUUUAUCAAUGAUGCAGGGUUUAAGUAUUUCUAAUUUUUAUUUCUAGAUUUAAUCUCCAGCAAGAAGUUUUAUCUUUUCCUUAAAAGAAAAAAAAGAAAAAUUAAAAAAAAAAGAAAGAAGUCUUUCUUAAAAGAAAUCAAUAGACACAGUAAAACUUUUCCCUAAUUAUUUUUAUUGUUCUUUGUUUGACAUAGCCAAGUGAAACAAUCAAUUUUACAAAAUAAUAAUAGGUUGAAAUUAAAAAUUUGCAUUUAUUUGACAUAGAAUUUGAAAUGUAGGAUGUUCGAAAG